AUGUCAAAGCAUAUUCCUCCGCCUGGUGCCAGAAGUAUCGAUGAGAUCCUUGCUGAUGCACGCACACACCUCAAUCGCAUCACUCCUGCUCAGUUACUUACAGAGUUGCAAUCCCCCUUAUCUCAUCGCCCAACCCACAUUGUAGACAUCCGGCCAGCCUCCCAACGCGAGCGAGAAGGCGCCUUGGUCUUUCCUGGCGCACCGCUAUUCGAUGCAUCUACCACUAAGCAUACUAUUAGUAUUAUCGAGCGUAACGUGCUAGAGUGGCGUCUGGAUCCUCAGAACGAAGCCCGGAUCAAAGAGAUUGUGGACGAGUUUGGAUACGACACACGGGUCGUUGUGUCCUGUUCAGAGGGUUACACGAGUUCGCUGGCCGCGAGGGAGCUGCAAAAGUUGGGACUAUCGCGAGCAACGGAUUUGGAUGGUGGAUAUUUGGCCUGGAAACGGUAUUUGGAAGUCAGACAAGCACCUAGGGGUACUGAGGCUGUCAACUAG